AUGCCAGCACCAAAGGACGAAUGCAUUGAGUCGGUCUUACCUGCAAAAGACUCCGGGAAUCUAGUGGAUGAUAAUAUCGACGUUAAUUCGAUUAAGGCACAAGUUCCCGUUUCUCUAGCAAAACUACAGCAAUUCAAAGAGGCGACUGCUGCUGAUGAGACAUUACAAACACUGAAAAAUACCGUUUUGAUUGUUUGGCCAUUCGACAGAUCAAGUGUUCCACUGAACAUCUUACAGUACUGGAACUACCGUGAUGGAAUCAGUGCCAUUAAUGGACAUUUAUACAAAAGCCAACGACUCAUGGUGCCAAUCAACUUGAAAAAGGAAAUGCUCAAUAAACUACAGGAUGCACACCUGGGCAUAGUGAAAACACAGACAAUAGCACAAGGGCUGUUGGUUGGGCCCAAAAUGAACAAGGACAUUGAAGACUUUAUAGGACAAUGUGCAGUUUGUAGCAAGUACAGGAAUCUUUGA